AUGUUGGUGGCACACUCUACCACCACUCCCGUCCUCUACUCGGAGAGCAGGAAACAUACAGCAUCUGCUUCUACUCCGGCGCCUGCUCCAUCAGCCAUGGCAGCUCGCCUGUUCAACAAGCUCGAUACCGUCUAUCAAAUUGAGGAAGCCCACAUCCUCCAUCUCUCUAGACAGGUUGAAACCGGCAUGCAGCUAUUCCCGGAGGAGAACAUCAGACUGCAUACUGUUGCUGGCGGUGGUGUGUCUGCUCUCACAACUCCUCAACUCGGCAAGCAACUGAACCGCACCCUUGGCCUAGGCAUGAAGGGCAUGGUCACCGAAAGAGAUCUCUCUAAUAUUGAAGCCUUGCACGAUGAGGCAAACCUGACACCCACUAUCCUGCUCUGCCCAUAUGCCGAUCAAAGUGUGCUCCAAGCACUUGCCAUGCGUAGCUAUGUCGUCGAUGGCUUCCUCAACAUCUAUGCUCGCUCUCUGCAUGAAAUUCACGUGGACUUUGAUCCAACCAUGGAACCACCUGCCGAACUGCCCUUUGGAUCUAACAUGCUUGUCUGUCGAGCUCCGGCCAAUGAAACCGGCAUGGGUGCCUUUGUCCACGCCUCAGUCGCUGGUUUCAAGGAUGAUGGCCGGCCAGACGAAGUGCUUCGCAGUCUAGCGGAAACAGCAGCUCUAAGAUCCGACACAAACCUCUACUUCGGCAAGAUUGAUGGUCAAAUCGCUGGAUGUGGUGCUAUGGCACUCAUGGAGACAGAGUACGGUCGUGUCGCACAUCUUUACAUCGAUAGCACAACGCCAGAUUUUCGUGGCCGUGGUGUCCAGCAAGCACUGAUCCGAGCUCGUCUCAUCGACGCAAAGCGCCUGGGUUAUGAUUUUGCCACUAUCCAUGCCCGCCCUGGUAUUGGCACAGGCCGCAAUGCCGAGAAGGAAGGGUUUGGUCUCGCAUUUACCAAGCCCAUCCUGACCAAGAAAUCCAUGUAA